UGAAGUGACUCAUUUAUGACGGUGGGGGGCAGCAGUACGCUUCGCAGCGAACAGUCUGCCGGAACCGCAUUCGAAGAAGAGGAGUACGCGACCUCAUAUGUUGUGGAGAUGGCGGGUUCUUUGGAAGAAGAGCAACUUGUACGACAUGUUUAUGCUGCGUUGCAGGCUGCAUCUUGUCCUUUGGUGGAAGGUCUGAACCUGCAGGAAGCGGACAGCAUGCUGCAGCUGCUGUGUGUUCCCUCUCAGCACCGCACCGACAUACUGGCAUGGAUCUGCAGCAGUAUCAACCCAAAUGUCGGCAAUCACAAGCCAAUGUCAGUGAGAUCCAAAGACCCAGAUGUUUUGGCUAAAGAAAUGGCUGUGCUUUGGCAGGAGCUGAUGCUUUGCAAAGCAGAUGACCUGAACCUGAUCACAAAGGGUGAAGCAAGCGUUUACAGGCAGCUUCAGUUCUUGGAGCAGCUUUUAUCACUUGUCUCUGGCUGCAAGAAGUCUGCUGGGCCUGGUACAGAUGCAGAGAUGCUGCUGAACGAGCUCUAUGCUGCUGAGAAUCUGCCUCACCUUUCACAAAUGCUAAAACCCACACUUGACCCCUGGCCUGCACACAUCAAGUCUCUACAAAAGGGUACCAAGUUAUCUUCUGCAUCUGGUAAGCCCAGAAGAGAAGAGGCUGUUGAUGUUUCCACCCUUUUACAGCAGACUCAGUCAGCACUGGAGCAGCUACAGUCAGAGUGUGACUUUCUGAACAAUGAGGCCCAGAGUCCUGGUGUCUUCUCUCCAAGCUCGUUGCGUGUAGCAGCAUGUGACCUCCAGCGAUUGAUGGCUACUUUCAGCCAUGUUUUCGAAACUGACAUGAGAGACUACUGUGGUAGAGAGCCCCCCAGCUUCAGCACAGAUACUGACAUCUUCCAGAGAGUACACCAUCUACUGCUGGCCUUUAUCACGGAGUUGGACAUGCUAAAGGAAGUAUCAGAUGCUUCUGUGUCCAUGAAUGAGGGUGUUACCCAGCUACAGAUGCAGCCUUGCUUUCAGAGCCUAGGAGAGUAGCACACGUUAUAGGACCAGCAUGUGGAUCUUACCAGGAGAAUCUCUCUGCUUUAUUCCUGAUGGCAUCUCUUACAUGAAGUAGUACAGACACCUGUUUAAACUUCAAACCAUCAGUGUUAAUGUUGAGUGGCAGCUGAUGUGUUAAAACCUAAAGCAUCAAACAGAACUUGACAGAGGUUGACCACUGUUGCUCAGAUAGACAUUUAGCAGAUGUGCACUCAUCUUUGUGUAUUUGCUGGAGUCGUGCACCCUGUUUGUUAUUCUAAUGUCAGACUGAUGUGUUAGGCAGGUUUUGUGUAAUCAUUCACAUUAUACUGGCCAUGUAUUCCAUCUAGUAACAUGAACUGCACUACAGUAAAAGCAGAAGGGGUUGAUAUCUAUUGAGAUGGGAGGAUAAUGAGAAUUCAGCAUUCCUCCUCUAUCAUCCGAACAUGUUACCUUUGUUGGACUCAAUAUAAAUGUGCAUAUUGUAUCACUGAAUAAAUUUAAAUGUUUUAAACUUUA